AAAACAACAGAAAAAGAAACAACUCCAGCCAAAAUGUUGCCAACAAAUGUGAUGACGUUUAUGAAAAAGAUGGUGGCGACCGAUGAAAAUGCUUCCACACAAAAUACAACUGAUACCGGUGGUACAUUUGGCAAACUGAAACAGACUCUAUCAUCAUCAUUAUUAACGGCACAGGAUCGAGUGAAUAAAAUGUCACCACGUCCCUCGUUAAUACCUACAGAUACGGAUGCCACUUAUGGCAACUAUCAGCAGCAACAGGAUGCAGCGGCAAAUCAAACCAACAACAAUAACAAUAAUACAACGCCACACUCGACUGCUACAACAACAGGUACCAGCGGCAGCAGUGGCUCAUCGAAUGCAUCCAAACAAAGUACUGAACCUGGUAGGCGAGCGGGUGCAUGUCGGGUGUGUUUGAAAUCAUUUAAACCCGAUGACUUCCAUAAGACGUGUUUCGAAUGCCAGCAGCGGGUGUGUGAAGAUUGUGCCAGCUACAGUAAAUUGGAGGAAAAUGAGGAUGCGAACAUGUGGCGCUGCAGUGUGUGUCGACGAAAGAUGGCCUCACGUGUUUGCAUACCACAGAAUUCAACAGACUCAAGUCUGGAUGUACCAGUAUUAGAAGCAUUGCAACGACGUCACUCAGAUGCCAAACUGGGAUCAAGCACACAAACCCUGGCACCCGCAAACGGUAGUGCAGCACUGGCACCACCUCGCAGUCCCGAACUUAGACGACAUUCAGAUGUAUCACCUGCGUCAUUAAAAGAACUUGAACGGCAAUUGAAAGGUAACAAAACGCCUGGUGGUGACAUGGACUGGCGCAAGGGUGGCCAUAGUAUGGCACCCAGUCGCUCGGGCAGUCCGCCACGACAAGAGGAGUUAAGUUUUGGACCACCACUUUCACGCAUGGCUUCCAGACGUGGCUCAAGAGUUGCCCGUCAACACAGUUAUGAUGACGAUGCCAAUGCCACAGCUGCCGGUGUAGCCGGCAGUUUGGGUGCUGGCGUUGAUAUGGGUCUGGGUAUACCAGCCAUGCCCAGAAGAAAAUCGGCUUAUGAUGUAUUUGCUCCGGGUGUUUUGCAAGCAGCCACCCAAGCUUCACAGCUACAACGUUCUCCCGGCGAUGCCACUCUGGGCCCUCAAAUUGCUUUACCCGGCUCUCGUAGACCUUCGUUUCGUGUGCCUCAUCCCUCGGAAGAUAUCAAUAAUGAUGAAUCGCCCAGUCCGGAUAAAGGUAGUCCAGUGUUAACGGUCGAUGAUGACAGACGCAUGAGAAGGAGAGGUUCACAAUUACCCGAUUUGGCUGCUUUACAAUCACGUGGUGCUCUACCAACAUCUGGCAUACCUUCGGCUAUACCACCUCCCUUGGCUUCAUUUACAGGCCCCAAUUUGGAGGACUUGGAGGCGCCACGACGCCAAACUUCUAUGGAUGGUGAACAGAUUAAAAUUGUUAUACACGAUGUCGAUUCGGGACCCAUAUGUUCAUCUAAAAGACGUAUUAUUUUAAGAAGAGAUCCUUCGGAUAAAGCUCAUCGCACGCGUGGUUUUGGAAUGCGUGUUGUGGGCGGUAAGACUGGUGCUGAUGGCAGACUAUUUGCGUACAUUGUGUGGACAGUGCCUGGAGGUCCAGCUGAAAAGAAUGGUUUACAACAGGGCGAUAAGAUUUUAGAAUGGAAUGGCAUGUCUUUAAUCGAUCGCAGUUUCGAAGAGGUCUGCAGCAUAAUGGAUCGUACGGGUGAUGUGGUGGAAUUGUUAGUAGAACAUGCAACCGAUUUUCGUAUGUGUGAUUUAUUCGAUGAGAAUAUACCGCCCGGCAAUAGUGGUGGCAAUGAGAGAGGGCCACGACGUUCGGGUGAUGGGCCCAUUGGCUUGGGUUUAAUAGCGGACCCUGAAACUACCACAGACAAAUCACCGGCUUCGCCGACACGACGGAAAUUACCCAAAACUCCGGAACAAAUUGCUAGAGAAAAGCAGGUCAGUGGUCGAGUACAAAUACAAGUUUGGUAUCAUGCUGAACGCAGUGAAUUGGUUGUAUCACUGAUGGCAGCUGAUGAUUUGGCUUGGCGUGAUGAGGCCUAUGGUCAUGGCAAUUUACCGGAGGCCUAUGCCAAAGUUCGUAUAUUGCCGAAAUGCGGCGAUGGCUCUGUUCAACAAACCGAAGUUUGUCCGCCCGCCCAAAACCCGAUCUGGAAUGCCACCCUCACAUUUGCACACGUGAAAGCUGAAAGCCUCAUGGAUCGUUAUAUUGAAAUACAACUGUGGGAUUUGGUGCCGCAUACCGAAUCGAUAUUUCUGGGUGAAUGUAGUAUUGAAUUGCAACAGGCCUUUCUCGAUGAUCGUGCUAUAUGGUGUCGCCUCGAUGACCCUAAGGGGCUGAGGGGCAUUAGCAUGUCAAAAUCCCCCAGUGUAUCACCGCGCGGCUCUAUAGCUGCGGGCGGUCCCGGAGGCGAUGUUUCACGUUUGCUGAGGCGCGACUACAAUAUGCAACGUUCCAUAUCGGAUGACGUGGAUUCGAUUGGUGAGUGUACGUCCCUGUUGCAUCCAGAUCAUGCAUGGAUAGCGGGCUCGCGGCGAGGCUCAUCCCAAUCGGAGACCUUGGAAGUGGAAGUCUAUCAGUUGGGUAAAGAUUUUUCACGCUCUUUGCCCGGCUCUCGUCGGUCAUCAUUUCAAGAUGCUGAUAAGAAUCGAGAAGAUGAUAUGGCUCCACCUCCGACCACGUAUUUGGUGGGACGACGACGAUCUUCGGUGGCACGCAGAGAUCCCGACGAAAUACUCAAAUCGCUGAAGGCGGUGCGCGGCGAAUUGGGAAGGGCCAUGAGUUUGGGCACCGAGCAGCCCAUGAAGAGAAUGGGUUCAAGGCGUACCAGCCGUGUAGGUUUACCCAGUAAUCCCAGCAGCCGUAAAAGUUCUAUCUAUGAUUUGACACAACAACAACCAGCACUACCAACACCACCAAUUACCAUACACCAGUUACCGGUGGGUAUAGGCAACAGUGCAACCAGUCCACCAUCCGAUGAAGAGGACAAACGUUUCUCUCCCAAAUGGAAGGGCAGUGGUGGCAAUCUACCACCACCCACACCCAAACAGGCUCUCUCCAUGCUAAAGCAGGCCUCCUCGGCCACCAAUGUAUCCCAGGAACGACAAUACUAUUUGGGAGCUCAGGAUAGUUCCAAACAUUUGCGCAAGGGCAGCAUGUACAAUCUAAAAGCCAACGAUAGUCCACAACGCAAGAGCAGUGUUUAUGCCAUGACCGCCACAGACUCAACUCUAGGUACUCGCCAGCGUAAGACUAGCAUAUAUGUAAGCAGUGAUAGGGAAGCAUACGACAGUACUGAGACUAUGCGUAAGAAUAGUAUAAUGCCAGUGACGGACAGUCCGUCCAUGAUGCGUAAACCAAGUAUGUUUGCCACGUCUAUGAAUAGCAGUACGAAAAAUCUGACAUCACUCUCGGACUCUACAAGCAAUAUCUCGUCGUCGGUUUCAUCUACGAUCAGUGGUAUAGCGACUAGUUAUGGCCUGCAAUUGGGACCGGGACAAAUACAUCCCAAGGGUUAUCGUUUGAUAACCGAACGUCAUGGUGAACUUAAGAUGGGCUUUAACAAAGUCAAGGGAACGGUGGAAGUUGAGGUUAUUUGUGCACGCAAAAUAGUGCCCACCGAUUGUGAAACUCCACCAGAUACUUAUGUUAAAUGCUAUAUUAAGGAUGGUGAUCGUUUGCGUCAUAAAAAGAAAACUCGUGUGGUCCGGCAUUCAGCUGAACCAUUCUAUAAACAAACAAUCAAAUAUCAGAGUGCCGAUGUCUUUGGACGCAACAUCGUCAUCAUGGUCUGGCAAAGAUGUGUCGGUUUCGAACACAAUCAGGGUUUGGGUGGCACUGAAGUUAAUUUGGAUAAAAUCAAUAUGGGCCAACAUAUUGGCGGUUGGUAUCCAUUAUUUCCAAUGCACUCAUUUGGUGGUUCUGAUUCGGAUAAUUCUCCUUGA